UUGACUCAUAUCACAGAAUCUUUUAAUCAUUUCCAACUGUGUUGAAUAAAGUCACUCCUGCAGCACUCAGAAACCCGAGCUUUGGAGGGAGCACUUGAAGGUAGCCAAACUUUUCUUGUGAAUACUUUGUAGCGCUGUGAAGUUUUGCUUUCCUGCAGAGAUCUAUCCUCUUAAAAAACAAGCUCCAUGCGAGCUCAGGAGGCUGUUUUGCUUUUAUUGAGGAUGUGGAGUGAGUGAAGGGUGAGUCAGGAAGAUGAAGAAACUGAACAGCCGGUGACGUCGGGGCGGUGGUUUCCUUUAUUUCGCAGGACAAGUCAGUAAAACUGGGUUUGUUUUUCUGCAGGAACUCUUUGACGCGCAGCUCCGGGGAUGCGCACUUCAUGCUCCACGCUCGUCACCGCGCUCUCUUAAAAAAAACCAAAAAAAUAUUUAUUUAUUUUUUUAAUUUAUUUUUUCAACUCGGAACUUUUAACUAUACAAAAGGCUAUUUAUUUUUAAUUUUUUUAAUUUUUUUUAAUUUUUAAUUUUCCCAACUCGGAACUUUUAACUAUCCAACAAUGUUGCAAAAGUUGACGCGUUAUUUCCUCAAGGAGGGUGAAGGUUUUUCCGGAAAGACUCGGUGGACUUCGGCGGCUCUCGCUGUGGUCCUCCUGGCUCUGUUCUCCUCGUCCUGCUGGGCUGAAGAGGCGUCCUGUCAUGGAGCUUAUGACCUCUACUUUGUUUUGGACAAGUCCGGGAGUGUCGCCGGCGACUGGGUCGAGAUUUACUCGUUUGUGAAGAACCUCACCGACCGAUUUGUGAGCCCCAGCAUGAGAGUCUCGUUAAUCGUCUUCUCGGCGAAAGCAACGGUCCUGCUGCCUCUGACUGGAGACAGGUACGAGAUAGAAGAAGGUCUGGAGCGUCUACGGGAAGUGAAACCAGCUGGAGAAACAUACAUGCACGAGGGAAUAAAACAGGCCUCGGCUCAGAUAAAGAAACAGACCCAAAAGUCCUCCAGCAUCAUCCUGGCUCUGACAGACGGGAAGCUCGAGGUUUACGUUCACGAGCUCACAGUGAGAGAGGCUAAUGAGGCGAGGAAAUUCGGCGCCCGUGUUUACUGUGUGGGUAUCAAGGACUUCGACGAGCAGCAGCUCGCCGAAAUUGCGGACAACAAGGACCUAGUGUUUCCUGUCAAAGAUGGCUUCCACGCGCUCAAAGGCAUCGUCAAUUCUAUAUUAAAGCGAUCGUGCACAGAGAUCCUGAGUGUGGAGCCCUCCAGUGUCUGUGUGAACGAGUCCUUCGACAUCGUCCUCAGAGGAAACGGCUUCGCUCUCGGCCGCAGCAACGAAGCCGUCGUCUGCAGCUUCAUCGUGGACCAGCAAACGAUCAAUCGUAAACCAACUACUGUGCUUAAUGAUUACCUGCUGUGUCCCGCACCGAUGCUCUACGAAGUGGGACAGACUAUGGAUGUUCUCAUCAGCCUAAACAACGGCGGGUCCUUCAUCUCCAACGCCUACACCAUCACCGCCUCCACAUGUUCGGACGGUCUGGCGGUGGCGAUCGUGUUCCUGGUGCUGCUCAUCAUCGUGGCUCUGGCCCUCAUGUGGUGGUUCUGGCCUCUUUGCUGCACACUGGUCAUCAAAGACCCGCCGCCACCUCCUCCACCUUCCCGUCCUCCACCACCUGAGCCAGAGGAUCAGCCCAAGAUGAAAUGGCCGACUGUGGACGCCUCCUACUACGGAGGAAGAGGAGCCGGAGGGAUCAAACGCAUGGAGGUGCGUUGGGGUGAGAAGGGCUCGACGGAGGAGGGGGCCCGUCUGGAGAAAGCCAAGAACGCCGUGGUGUCGAUACCAGAGGAGUCAGAGGAGCCCGUGACCAAACGUCCUACCCCGAAGGCCGCCCCCACCUACCAUCACAACCAGAACAAAUGGUACACCCCCAUCAAGGGUCGUCUGGACGCUCUGUGGGCUUUGCUGGGGCGACAGUAUGGCCGAGUUUCCCUCAUGCGACCCACAAACGCAGACAAGGGUCGCUGUAUGAACUUCAACCGUGUGCAGCAUCAGUAGAGGAGAAGGACUGCUGCUGAGAGGAGCAACAUGUGCUGAUCGCUGUGAACCAGAGAAGAAUUUCAGGUUUAGUUUUUUUGUUGAAGAUCUUUCCGUCCUGCAUUUAAAAACCACUAUCUGUUCUCUUACUGCUCUACUCUGUGCACAAAGCUUCCUCUUCUGGUUUCCUCCUCUGUAAAGCACACCGGGUGUAAUGUUAAUAUGAACUCUUAUUCAGUAAGUUAUUUACUAUAUUUUUUCUAUACCCGAAUACAUUUUUUAUUUUUUUAAUAAAAUAAAUUCGAGCAGAUCCGCCCCAGAUCUCAGCGCUCAGACUCGGUUAGCUCUCCGUGCGAAGGCUUUAACAUAUUCUGACCAUAUUGUGCCUUCUGUGGAAAAAAACCCUGAUUUCAUGCACACAGACGGAAUCUAUCUAAAGAAAGAAAGAAAAAAAAAAAACUGGAGGAAAAAGGGGGCUGUUCUGCCGUUGGCGUGGAAGUCUGGAUAAUCCCAGUGGGGCCUCACAAGUGCAGAAGUCCGUCGCCUUUUGGCGAUUGUCUCAUCUCGGAUCCUCUCCCAACUUCAGCGGCGCUGGAUCGCCCGGCGGCGCCGCCUCCCCUCCCUCCCAAACCCCCCUCCUCCUCUGACCGGCUUCUCUUGUCAUUUUAACACUGAGAAGUGCACACGCUUGACAAAUUGUAGACAGGACGCCCCCGAGGUAUCGCAGAGACUUUGCCCUGUAGUUUUUCCGUUGUUUCCUCUAAGACACCUUCCUUUCAUUAUGCGCCCGGGACGAGGAAAUUAAUAGAGCGUUAUUCGACCGCAGGACCCGGACCAGCUCCAGCUAGGUUUGAGGGAUUGAUGCCUUCAAGACCUUGACAUGGCGCUUGGUGUUUUGUUUUUUUUGCCCCAUGUUUUCCAGCACAGUCUGCUCUCUGCUCACUAAGGCGUAGCACAUCAGCGCCCGUAAACAGGCCCAUCAGCUCAGACUUUUUAAGAUAUAGAUAUACAGCUCGACGGCGCCUCAAACCCUCCAAGGGCCUUCUUUUUUUUUUUAGCCACCGGCCGCGUCACAACUCACUAGUUCACUCAACGCCACGAAUAUCAAAGUUUAAUUAAAAUAAUUAAAGGCAACAGCAAGCAGCAGCCUGUGAAGACUUGUCUGUCUCUUUUUUUAUGCCUUUUUUGACAUUGAAUGGCGUUUUACUGCGUUAUUCACAAAAAAAGGAGGACACGGCGCCGCGGUGACGGUGCGCCAACGUCCAAAACGCAAACCCAAAGUAACGGAUGCGAUGGACGGAUAAGUAUUGUUCAUUUCCAGAAAUUAUGUCCACCCCCUCUACACCCGCCUCCACCCCGCCCAGCUCCCUCACCCCCCACCCCAAAACAAAAAGCAGGGUGUAUAUAUUUAUAUAGAUAUUGUGGAUUUCUCAAGCGCGCUGUCAUGACGCCAAUCCCAAAUGAUGUCAGUGUGUUUGUGUGUGUGUGUGUGUGUGUGUGUGUGUGAGGGGGAGAAAAAAAAAAAGGGGGCAGCAGCUGAAGAAAAAGGCUCGAUGAUCCAGUCACUUCGGAUACCGUACUUCAGACGCGAAAUGGAUAUUCGAGUCGAGACCUGACAAAGCGCGCCCGGCUUUGACAUGAAGCGGUAUAGACAAUGACCAGUGGCUGGGUCAGUGGGAUGUCUCCGUGCACGCAGGGGAGCUUAUCAAAUGACACUAAAAAUAAGUUCAACAACCGUCAAGUUUAAAGAGAGGAGGAGGGGGAGGGGGGGAGAAAAUUGGGUGAGCGUCUCACAUUCGGCGGCGGUGUCGACGGCUACGACGGCGGUGUAAUUAUUCCUUUGUUUAUCCUCUUCGUCCCGAUCGCAGGGACGUAAAUAAAACCAAAGCGAGUCCUCGGGGUGUGUGCUGGUAUUUAUGUGCAACUUAAACGCUUUUUAGCCUCUUGCGUAAUUUUUUUUUUGCGGGCUGACAUUUAAUCUGUUCAUCAGCCUUUUUUUUUUUUUUUUUUUUUAUUAUGGACGCUGGACGAGGAAACAUUUUGAGCACUUCAGAUCUGUUUCUUUUUGGUUUUUUUAUGUAUAUAUGUUACAACCAAGAGCACAGGAAUGUUAUUAACCCGAACUAAUGAGAUAUUUACAUUAGUCGACCUGCUAAUAACACGUCACAUGAUUCCACACAUCAUUACAUAUUAUUCAUUUUAAGCACCUAUUGUUGUUUUAUUAAAAGAAAAAUGGUGAAUUUCUCUGUGCCUUUUUUUGUAAAUGAUGCUUUUGAUGUGAAUAAAAGUAUUUUAUUUGUAUUUCUGCACUUGUGAAAUUAGGUUGUUUUAAUAGCCUUUAAACAGACAAUUUUUUUUUUUAACAAUUUAUUCACAUCAGCCACGUUUUUUUCAACAUAACUUAUACUUAAAAAAAAAAAGUCACAAUUGUUGAUUUGUCUUCAUUUCAUUUGUGUUUCUUUCACGUUUUGGACUGAAUUUGAUUUGCAUGCACUUAUUUCUGCUUGGUACAUUAUUAUUAUUAUCAUUUAAGGUGCCAAAAAUUGUAAUUUAUCUUUUUAUUAUCUUUUAAAUUGUACAGUUUUUGUCUUUCAUGCUGCUUUUUUUUAUAUUCACCAAGCACCUUUAAGUCCAGGUUCAAAGCUCAUGAGCUGCACAUAUGUGUGUGAGUUGCAACCGAAAUACCGAAGACGUCUCGCUUUUUUUAUGAGUUUUACACUGUUUUUAUUUUGUUCUUGUUGUACUGUCUGUUGUGUCAAAUAUACAUUCUAUGAA